UGCUUUUCCGGCCAAGUCAGUUUCAGUUGCCUGUGGAGGGAGCGGACGAGGGCUCCCCGCUGACGCUCGGCUUCAAUUUUUUCCUCGACUUUUUCCAUUUCAGAGUAUUUUUUUUACUCUCCAGGACCCGAGUGGACGGACUUGCUGUGUUGACAAGGAUCAGGAAGCUGUGUCAGCCACGGUUUGAGAAAGGAACAUGGCUUCCCAGGCUGAUCUGAUGGAACUAGACAUGGCCAUGGAGCCAGACCGUAAGGCAGCAGUCAGUCACUGGCAGCAACAGUCCUACCUGGAUUCAGGCAUCCACUCAGGGGCCACCACAACUGCUCCAUCCCUCAGUGGGAAGGGCAACCCUGAGGAAGAUGAUGUUGACAGCAACCAGGUCAUGUAUGAGUGGGAGCAGGGCUUCAACCAGAACUUCUCCCAAGAGCAAGUACAAGACCUAGAUGGUCAGUAUGCCAUGACACGUGCCCAGCGGGUUCGUGCAGCAAUGUUCCCAGAGACUCUUGAGGAGGGCAUGCAGAUCCCUUCUACACAGUAUGAUGCAGCAAACCCCACCAAUGUCCAGAGGCUGGCAGAGCCGUCACAAAUGCUCAAACAUGCUGUGGUCAAUCUGAUCAACUAUCAAGAUGAUGCUGAGCUGGCAACAAGAGCAAUACCAGAGCUCACCAAACUUCUCAAUGAUGAGGACCAGGUUGUAGUAAACAAAGCAGCAGUGAUGGUUAACCAGCUUUCAAAGAAAGAAGCUUCUCGCCACGCUAUUAUGCGCUCACCUCAGAUGGUAUCUGCUAUUGUGAGGACCAUGCAGAACACAAACGAUGUGGAAACAGCUCGCUGCACUGCAGGAACACUGCACAACCUUUCCCAUCACAGAGAGGGACUGCUGGCUAUCUUCAAGUCAGGAGGAAUACCAGCUCUAGUUAAAAUGCUGGGUUCACCAGUGGACUCUAUCCUGUUCUAUGCCAUCACCACCCUCCACAACCUUCUCCUGCACCAGGAAGGAGCCAAGAUGGCUGUUCGUUUAGCUGGCGGGCUACAGAAAAUGGUGGCUCUGCUCAGCAAAACCAAUGUCAAGUUUCUGGCCAUCACCACUGACUGUCUCCAAAUACUGGCCUAUGGAAACCAGGAAAGCAAGUUGAUAAUCCUGGCCAGUGGUGGCCCCCAGGCCCUCGUCAACAUCAUGAGAACUUAUACCUAUGAGAAGCUGUUGUGGACCACAAGCCGUGUCCUCAAGGUUCUGUCGGUGUGCUCCAGUAACAAGCCUGCCAUUGUAGAGGCUGGAGGCAUGCAGGCUCUGGGACUCCACCUGACAGAUCCCAGCCAGAGACUGGUCCAGAACUGUCUCUGGACUCUCAGGAACUUGUCAGAUGCUGCCACCAAACAGGAGGGAAUGGAGGGUCUGCUAGGAACUCUGGUGCAGCUGCUUGGCAGUGAUGACAUUAACGUGGUGACCUGUGCGGCUGGCAUCUUGUCUAAUCUGACCUGCAACAACUACAAGAACAAGAUGAUGGUGUGCCAGGUUGGAGGCAUUGAGGCGUUGGUUCGCACGGUGCUUCGGGCUGGAGACAGAGAAGACAUCACAGAGCCAGCUAUUUGUGCCCUGCGUCACCUCACCUCUCGACACCAGGAUGCUGAGAUGGCACAGAACGCUGUCAGACUGCACUAUGGCCUGCCUGUAGUCGUCAAAUUACUGCACCCGCCAUCACACUGGCCACUCAUCAAGGCUACAGUUGGUCUGAUCCGUAACCUGGCUCUCUGCCCUGCAAACCACGCCCCUUUGAGGGAGCAGGGUGCCAUCCCCAGACUGGUUCAGCUGCUGGUCAGAGCACAUCAAGACACACAAAGACGCACCAGCAUGGGAGGCACACAGCAGCAGUUUGUGGAGGGAGUACGUAUGGAGGAAAUUGUGGAAGGGUGUACAGGAGCACUUCACAUCCUGGCCAGAGAUGUCCACAACAGAAUAGUCAUCAGAGGACUCAACACCAUUCCACUCUUUGUACAGCUGCUGUAUUCUCCCAUUGAGAACAUCCAGCGUGUAGCAGCAGGCGUCCUGUGUGAGCUCGCUCAGGAUAAAGAGGCCGCUGAGGCCAUCGAAGCUGAGGGAGCCACUGCUCCACUCACAGAGCUGUUGCACAGCCGCAAUGAAGGAGUUGCCACAUACGCAGCAGCAGUUUUGUUCCGUAUGUCAGAGGACAAACCUCAAGACUACAAGAAGCGCCUCUCUGUAGAACUCACCAGCUCGCUCUUCAGGACAGAACCAAUGGCCUGGAAUGAGACAGCAGAUCUGGGUUUGGAUAUCGGAGCUCAGGGUGAGCCUCUGGGCUACAGACCAGAAGACCCAAGUUACCGUUCUUUCCAUUCGGGGGGUUACGGAGGGGACACAAUGGGUAUGGAACCCAUGAUGGAUCAUGACUUGGGUGGAGGGCACCACCCUGGCCAGGACUACCCCCCUGUAGAAGGGCUGCCUGACCUGGGACAUGCCCAGGAACUGAUAGAGGGCCUGCCACCUGGCGACUCAAACCAACUGGCCUGGUUUGAUACCGACCUGUAAAUACCAAGACCAACAUUACACUACACUUUCUACUAGCUGUAUCAUGUGAUCUGGAUGAACCUGCAUCGUGAUUCGCCCAUAUGGAGGAGGCGAGGUUUCAGAAGUGCCUGAAGAUGACUCAACAACAGCAAGCAGAGUUUCCCGUCUACGGGGACUCCAUUGGGACAAACUAGAUUUGAGUGCGGUUUGGUUCUGGUUUCAGCCUGAUGGGGGCUGACCUCAAAUCCUGACAUGACACACAGAUUUUUCAAUAAUUAGUUUUCAAAUCCCUUUUAAUGUUUUUUUUUUUUUUUCAUUUUUACUUUAUUUUUACUUUUUUAUUCCGUUUUCCUUAAGUCUGUAAUGGUACAACUGAAUCUAGCUUGCUUUUUCCAUUAUUCUGAAUUAUGAUACUCAUCUCUUGUUUUUGCAGUCCCUUGUAUUUUCAGUCUCUGGUAGUGUUGAGUUAUUAUUUUUAUUUUAUUUUAUUUUUUUUAGUGGUAAUGCUCCAUCCAAGUAAAGGAUCUGAUCACAUUUUAAAUGGUGUCCAAACACUAAAGUUAAUCAGUUGAAUUGUAUUCUGAUGAUCAAGUGUAACAUUGUGUAGCUUUUGUAUAAAAACAUGAAUUGGAAAUCAUGGUCCAAAUAUCAAGCUAUUUUCUUGCUUUAAAGGGAGACACUGAUGUCUCUGCUGUUCCAAAGGGGGUGUAGCUGACCUAGCUGGGUGGGAGUGUCUGAAAGGACAGGGGUGGAGGAGGGCUCCUAUUGGUCUGCUGUAAGUGGGUGGGGUAGUGAGAGGAGCUGGUUGCUGUAGCCUGCUGUGUUCUGAAACAAUAAAAUGGACUGUCAUUUCAA